GAGAUUUAGUCGUUAACGCACGGUCAAUACGUGCAUUACAAAGUGAUAAAUAAAAAUUUUAUAUAAAUUUAAAAAUAAUAUAUAACGUUUAUUACCCUUUUAAAUAGAAAACAUAAACAUUAGUGGUAAAAAAGAGCAAAACAUUUAAAAGUAAAUUUAAUAUCAAGUGUAAAAAAAAUGAAAAUUUGAGAAAAAAAAUUGAAGAAAAAAUCAAAACAAAAAUAUUAGCUGCUAAAAAUCAAAAUAAAUAACAAACUUGUUAAUAACUGUCCAAUAAACGUCAUUAGAAAUUACUUACUAAUUAACAAUCUUUAUUUUUUUCUUAAAGAAGAAGACAAAGUGCUAAUAGAAAAAUUGCAUAGAGAUUUUAAAUAAAUUUUUACAAAAAAAUAAAAGUUGCAAGAAAAAAUUUUGACAUCAAUUGUGCAAAAAAAAAAAAGAAACUGUUAAUUUAAUCUUAACAGGCAGUAACCACAACAACAAAGACUAUAACAACAUCAACAACAAUAAAAACAAAAACAACAAGAAAAGAAAAAGACAUUAAAGAAACAUACAAAGACAUUUUGGUUAAAACUGGCUUGAUCUAGUCUUAAGACAAAGUUGCAUUUAAUUCAUAGAAAAUUACCAUCGAUCAACUCUAAACAACAUACACAAAUACUUGCUAGAAAAUUGUAGGUGAAUGUGUUUUUGAGGUGAAUAUUUGAAAAAGUUAAAUCAAAGCGUGUUGACGUGUUUUGUUAAAGGACUUUGUUUUAUUAAUAUUAGAAACGAUAAUGAGUAAAAAUGGUCAUAGUAAUCCGGCAUAUGUCAAUGAUGUCUCGGAUAAAACUCCUAAAAAAUAUUCAUUAGAAUUAACCGAGAAAGGUGAUAAAUACGUGGUAGCCCAUGCAGAUGAUUACAAUCCAUAUGAACAUCGUGAGGUAGAACAUCCCACCACCAACUCUGAGACACUGUUCCAUUUGCUUAAGGGUUCUUUGGGUACAGGCAUAUUGGCUAUGCCUAAUGCCUUUAAAAAUUCCGGUUAUGUGACAGGUACUAUUGGUACCAUUAUUAUUGGUUUCAUUUGCACCUAUUGUAUACAUCAACUGGUUAAGGCAGAAUAUGAAUUAUGUCGCCGAAGAAAGAUCCCCAGCAUGACUUAUCCCAAAGUCGCGGAAGUAGCUUUAGAUGAGGGUCCUACGAUAUUUAAGAAAUGUUCUCCUUAUAUCGGUCAUGUGGUCAAUACAUUUCUAUUGAUUUAUCAAUUGGGUACCUGUUGUGUAUAUGUGGUUUUUGUCUCUUCAAAUAUCAAAUCUGUUGUGGAUUAUUAUGUCGAUGAGCCCGUAGAUGUACGUUUGUGUAUGGUUAUUAUUUUGUUGCCUUUAAUUCUAAUUAAUUGGAUUAGAAAUUUAAAAUAUUUGGCUCCAUUCUCAACACUGGCUAAUGCCAUUACUAUGGUAUCGUUUGGUAUUAUUUGCUAUUAUAUUUUCCGUGAACCCGUUACGACGGAGAAUAAAGAGGCUUUUGCUCCGGCAAGUGGUUUUCCAUUGUUUUUCGGUACUGUGCUGUUCGCUUUAGAGGCUAUUGGUGUAAUUUUACCCCUAGAAAAUGAAAUGAAAACACCCAAGAAAUUUGGUGGAUCCUGUGGUGUCCUUAAUGUGGCUAUGAUAUUAAUUGUUUUCCUUUAUGUGGGUAUGGGUUUGUUUGGUUUUCUCAACUAUGGUGAUGAAAUUGAAGGUUCCAUAACAUUAAAUUUACCCGCCAAAGAUGUUUUGGCUCAAUUUGUUAAGGCCAUGUUAGCCUUUGCCAUUUUCAUAACACACGGUUUGGCCUGUUAUGUGGCCAUUGAUAUAACAUGGAAUGAAUAUGUGGCACAAAAAUUAGGACCACAACGUAGAAAAAUCUUUUGGGAAUAUACAGUACGUACAUCGUUAGUAUUGGUGACAUUUUUAUUAGCUGUAGCCAUACCAAAUUUGGAACUAUUUAUAUCAUUAUUUGGUGCUCUUUGUCUAUCAGCAUUAGGUUUAGCAUUUCCUGCUCUUAUACAAAUCUGUACACAUUGGUAUACUACUCAUGGUAUGGCUAAAGUGUGGUUAUUAUUAAGUAAUUUCUUUUUGAUAAUUGUUGGCAUAUUGGGAUUAGUUAUUGGUACCUAUACAUCAUUAGCUGAGAUUGUUGCAACAUUUAUGGAUUAAAGAAGUAACAUUUGCAUAUAUACUAAAACAACAAGAAUUAUAUUUAAUUUAUAAUGUAUUAUAUAGUUUUGCCUAACAAAAGAUCAUAAAAAUGUUGUAUUUAACAUUCCAUUAACAACAAGAAAUUGUAGAAAAAGUAGUAGAAAUCCCAAACUAUUGUAUAGGGCAGGCUCGGAUCUACUGGGGGGAAAGGGAAAUUUCCUCCCUAAAACCGAAAAGUUUUCAUACAAAAUAUACAAAUGUGGAGAAAGUAAAAAAGAAAACAAGUGAAAAAACCAAAGGUACACCCCCCUCCAAGCACUCGAGCUGGAUCCGCUCCUGUUAUAGGAAGUACUCACACACUAAUCAUCGUACAUUUAUAAAGAAUAAUCUAAUUGUAAGUUUAAAUAGCAUUCAGACGUUAAGUAUUAAAAACUAAAAUCAAACUAAAACUAACUCUAUUAUGGACCGGGACCAAAAAAAAAUCAAAAAGAAUACAAGUCAUUAAAAAUAAUACUAAUUAUAAUUAACUAAUUAUGUAAUAAAAUACUAAAGUGUUUUUUUGUAAUUUAAAGAAGGUUGUGAUAUAUAUUUUGAAUUGUGAUAAAAUUGCUAAAACUUGAAUUACCUAACCGAAUGAUUUAUAUUGCAAACAAACUAAAAUCUUAAAAAACGAUAUGUAAAAAUUAGAAAAAUAUAUAUUUAAAUCGCACAUUCUUAAAUGGUCCCUUUGUAACGAAAUUGUAUACAUUUGUUCAAUUCACAAUUAAAGUUGUAUCGUUGUAUGUCAUAAAAAUAUUUCAAACAAAACAAAUUGUUAAAAAAUACCACAUAUUACAAUACAACCGUACAACACCGAUUGUGUAUAGGACAAA